CGGUCGGAACCACUGGGGUCUGUACAAGGAGCCGCUGGGGCGUUUUCUUGAGGGUAAUCUGCCAGGUGUUUUUGCUAGGAACGUCAAAAGCUUUCUUGUCAUCAACUCGUCACCCCGGCGUGAAACCGGACCACUCUUCAACACAACUACAAAAUCACACUGUGUACAACACCGUGCCUGAUCCUUCGUGAGGACUCGGAAGCAGCAGGGCGAUGUGGUUGAUGACGAUAACUGUGGGGUUAGUAACCCUGAUUUUGGUCACGUGGUUGAGGGACUAUGUAAGACGCUGGCGCAUGCCUCCUGGACCAUUUUUCUGGCCAAUCAUUGGGAACCUUACCUUGUUUGGUGGACAGUUCUACCUCACCUUCAUCGAACUCGCCAAGAAGUACGGGGACGUGUUCAGCCUGAAGCAGGGCAUGACGGAUGUGGUUGUGCUGAACAGUCUGGAUGCUGUACGGGAGGCAUUCGUUAAGAAGGGUGCGGAGUUUGCAGGCAGACCGACGUUCAUGUCAGCGGACAUCUUAACUGAAGGAGGGAAGGACAUAGCCUUCACCGACUACAAUCCCACAUGGAAACUCCACCGGAAACUGUUUCAUACUGCCAUCAGAGGUUACGCAUCAGGAGAGAACCUACAAAGUAAAGUUCACGAGUCCUUAGAGGAGACCAUCGCAGAGUUCUCAAGGAUGGAAGGUCAAGCAGUGAACAUCGAAAAAUACAUUUACAAGCUGGUCUACAACGUCAUUUGUUCCGCAGCCUUCGGCAUAAGGUACAAUAUGGACGACGAGGAUUUCAACACUCUGAUGCAAAUAAGCAAGGACACAACCGAAGUAUUCGGACAAGGUAUUCUGGCUGACGUCUUUCCUUCGCUUGGGUUCCUGCCUACCCCGGGCAAGGCUGCCGUCCAAAAGCUAACCAGAUCUUUCCUGGAUAUCAUGCAGCGUCACCUGGACCAGCACCGGGAAACAUUCGACCCAGGCAACCUUCGUGACAUCACUGAUCACAUGAUCAAGGCUCAGAAGGACGCUGAGGAGGAGGGGAUCCAGGACAUCAACUCUCUCACAGAAACUCAUCUCAGACAGACCAUCUCCGACAUCUUCGGGGGGGGUACAGACACGACGGGAAGCAUUGCUCCAGUANCUUUGCCACAUACUACAACUGUGGACACUACUCUGAGAGGUUACCGGAUUCCCAAGGGCACGUGGAUCAUGCCGAACCUGUGGGCCCUGCACCAUGACCCGGACACGUGGGGAGAUCCUGACGUCUUCCGCCCGGAACGCUUCUUGGAUGAGAGCGGGAAACCAGUACCCAAUCCUCCCGCUCUAAUGCCAUUCAGUGCCGGUCGCCGUGCUUGUCCUGGGGAAGCUGUGGGGAAAGCGAACACCUUCCUCCUGUUGGGAGGACUGGUCCAGAACUUCCGCUUCACCAUUCCCGAGGGGGAGGGGCCUCCUGACCUCGCCCCUGAUAAGAAGGGUGGAGGCGUCGGCAGCAUCCCCUCUCCUUAUAAGGUGGUGAUGACCUGCCGGAAGUGAAUUUGGUGACCUACAGGAAGUGUAUCAUGUAGUCGUGUCCAUGCAGGCUAUUAAUAAACAUGUGUGCUGUUUUGCUGCACAAUUACAUGUAGUAUCAAACGAAUUUACCAUCACUAAGAAGUGUAGACUAUUUUACCUUCGUUGCCGCUGAAUUUUGCCGUAGGAGCUAGGAAAAGGAUAAACGGGUGUAUUUUAAGUUCGCGGUUGAAAAGACUGUAGUAUACUAGUACAUGCAAUACAUUCAUACAUGUAAAGUGGAAUAUGUAUAAGUUUUAUAGAGAUUAGAGGCUACAUGCAGGAGGCAAAAGUUACAUGUGUUACACACGUAUAUGCAUGGAACUAAUCUGUGGCUUGUAGUAGUGGGCUUCACUUACAUGGAAACUUGUCAAUGACUGGGUUUGAACCUUACCUGAUAUUGAGAAUUGUUGAACGAGUUCUGAAGAUGUAAUGUGGGGAAAGUUAUCAAAAUAUCUGUGAAAAAGGGUUAAGAAUCUAAUAUUAAGGUUGAGACCCAAGUUAUUAGUAUCAGACUGUGAGUACUUUGAUUUAAUGGAUGAAAUAUGCUAAAUUUGCUAGAAGAGCUACAAUAUACAAAUCUCGUUAAGUUUCUUUCUAAAAUUUCCUUUUCUUUUAAUAACUGUUUGCUUUCCAUUUUUCACAUAAUUUCAGAAUUCUUUCUAAUAAAACCAUAAUAUAAACCAAGAACAAACUCCAGCUGCCAUGCAUGGUUUCAUGCCAAUCUUCCGACAGAAGUGAUACCGACAAAGGUUCAAGACCAGUGGCCUUGAAACUGUUUCAUGUCAUCUGUCUUUUGAACACAAACUUCAAAGAAAGUAUCAGAAAAACAGAUCAUCCACAUAGCUUCUGCACUGGGCCUUGGUUUGUGGUGAACCAUGAAUAUAUAUAAGUAAAUAAAUAAAUAAACAAAAAA